AUGCGCUUUGUCAAAAUCUAUAUUAAAAUGGAGGAAAAGAGUCAAGUCGUGGAACGAGAGGCUAAGAAGGAUGAGAUUCACGAAAAAGAUGGGAAGUCAAAAAGUUCAAAAAAGAGAAAUCGUAAGAAGAAGAAUGAGGUGGUACAUGCCACUAGUGAAAACCAUGACCACGCAGGUCAUAGGGACGAGCAUGAAAUGCAUAGCACAUGUAAUAUUUCGAUAAAAGAUAUACAAAUGGCUAUGGAAGUGUUCAAUAUGCAACAGAAGCCUGCCAAGACUCAGGAGGAAGCUAUGCAAAAGCCUUAUCAAUUUUGGAGCACACAGCCAGUACCAAAAAUGGAUGAAAAGAUUGUAAAAAAUGAACCUAUUGAACCUGAUAAAACAUCUAUAAGGGCAGAGCCUUAUUCAUUGCCAGCUGAUUUUCAGUGGGACACUCUAAAUCUGGAUGAUCCUUUAGUUUUAUCUGAAUUAUACACUUUGUUGGCUGAAAAUUACGUGGAGGAUGACGAUGCUAUGUUUAGAUUUGAUUAUCCACCAAACUUUUUGAAGUGGGCAUUGCAACCCCCUGGAUGGUGCAAAGAAUGGCACUGUGGGGUACGAGUCACUAAAAGCGGACGUCUAGUCGGUUUUAUUUCCGCUAUUCCAGCUAAUCUACGUGUCUACAACCACACUCAGAAAAUGGUGGAAAUUAACUUCCUGUGCGUGCAUAAGAAGUUGAGAUCGAAAAGGGUCGCGCCAGUCUUAAUACGUGAAAUAACUAGGAGAGUUAAUCUGCAAGGUAUAUUUCAGGCUGUGUAUACUGCUGGUGUUGUAUUGCCAAAACCAAUAGCAACAUGCAGGUAUUGGCAUCGUUCUCUUAAUCCAAAGAAACUAAUUGACAUCAAGUUCUCCCACUUGUCUCGUAACAUGACAAUGCAGAGAACCUUAAAACUAUACAAACUGCCAGAAAAUACGAAAGUACCAGGAUUUAGGAAACUGGUCGAAGCAGACAUACCGCAGGCUCACAAAAUAUUGACUGAAUAUCUGGAAAAGUUUGAUUUGGCACCAAUCUUUUCAAUCGAAGAAUUCCGACACUGGUUCCUCCCGCAAAACGGGAUUAUUAACAGUUUUGUAGUGGAGAACGAUGGUAAAAUCACUGACAUGGUUAGUUACUACACAUUGCCAAGUUCUGUAAUGCAUCACUUAAUCCACAAGACUCUAAGGGCUGCGUACAGUUUCUACAACGUGUCCACUGUAACUCCAUGGCUAGAUCUCAUGACAGACGCUUUGAUAUCGGCGCGUAAUCUCGGCUUCGACGUGUUUAACGCGUUGGACCUCAUGGAUAACAAGGAAUUCCUAGAACCCCUGAAGUUCGGCAUAGGUGACGGGAAUCUCCAAUAUUACUUGUACAACUGGCGUUGCCCCAGCAUGACACCCGGGAAGAUCGGUUUGGUGCUCCAGUAGAGGUCUAGUUCAACGAAUCGUUGUCUCGAAAUAAAACACAAUUUCGCACGUGCAAGCUUACCAAAUGGGUAAAUGGUAUAACAAAAAAAAAAUGGGGACGAACGAUACGGGACUAAUUAGGAAAGAAGAUGAAUGACGCUGAAACGGGAGCAAGUACAACCACGACGUUUCCAUCGAUGGAGUGUCCGGUGUACAAUUCGACGCACAAGGGGGAAAUCGAUAACUCCUUGAAUCAAACCGGGAUUCGCCAUUGGAUCCGCCGGUUCUGCGGAACUCAUCCUUGUCUCCGCCAUCACUCGGGCUCAUGACGUUAGGUCAAGGUCGAGAUCGGAAUAUGCUUGCGCAGCGCGCGUGUAUAUACGUAUGUGCGUGACUCGAGCAAUGUAGAUAAAUAUCGUACAUUAGUAAUUUGCAGAACCCACGCAGCUGAGGGAAGUUUUCUCUCCUGUUGGUGGUGCAUCGGCCGCGAAAGGCAUUCACAGUUUUCAAUAAACGCUCCUGGAAGCUAUUGUACGUAACCCCUGGAUUAUUCCCAGGCUAUCCCUUCAGCAUCUUCUUGAUUAAAUAGGUCGCAAAAGUAUGCCGAAGUGAGAGUGGAAGAGUUUAAAUAAAGCGAGGUCGAAAGUAAGCCUGUGUUUGUUUACCCUCCUGGUU